GCUCUGGCCAGGAAAGGGCUGCGUGCCCAUUGCCGGCGCCUCUGCUGUGGGGAAGCAUAGGCAGGGGCGCUCUUUUGACAACAUACACAGUUCUAUUUGUCAGUCAAGAGUUCUGCAGAUUGCUCCAACAGCAGCAGUUAUUUCAAUUGUUCAGGGUUAAGGCUUUGAACUAUUAACCUCUUUGGGUGCUCUUCUGGCAGAACGGUUCGAGAGGAAGAUGGGGUUUCCAAUCCAUACACUCCUUUUACAGGUUUUGCAGCACUGGAAUGGCCUUUGAAAGCAUCAAUAAGCCAGUUGUUGACCGCAUAAUCAGAGUGGAUCAUGCAGGAGAAUACGGGGCAAACCGCAUAUAUGCAGGCCAGAUGGCAGUGUUAGGUCGGACUUCGGUUGGACCAGUGAUCCGGCACAUGUGGGAUCAGGAAAAAGAGCAUUUGAAAAAGUUGAACGAGUUAAUGAUCUCGUAUCGGGUCAGGCCAACUAUUCUGUUGCCUUUCUGGAACAUCACAGGGUUCGUGCUUGGUGCCGGGACUGCCUUGCUUGGUAAAAAAGGUGCUAUGGCUUGCACGGUGGCGGUGGAAGAGAGCAUCUCUCAUCACUACAACAACCAGAUCAGGACGUUAAUGGAAGACGAUCCGGAAAAAUACAAAGAAUUAUUACAGGUAAUUAAAAAAUUCCGGGAUGAGGAGCUGGAGCAUCAUGACAUUGGGCUUGAGCAUGAUGCAGAACUGGCUCCAGCAUAUUCUGUUUUGAAGAACGCAAUACAGAUUGGAUGUAAAGCUGCCAUAUUUUUAUCAGAAAGAAUAUAGUGGAUUUUUUUAGCAAUGAUAUGAUACUGGUAUUUCAAAUAAUGUAAUAAUGUAAAGCUAAAAAAAAGACUUUCCCCACAUAGACAGUGUUUUUGGUUCUGUGUUAUUUUUUUUUCACUUGUGAUAGCACCAAAGAAAUGUAUGACCGAGGGGACAGUAUAUCUUUAGGAAAGAACAGUUUGUUAAUUGGAAAGGAAGUCGAGCCGCGUGAAUGUUUGCAUUGUGGAUGCUCCAGUAUAGCAUGCUUAUCUAAUGUCCUUAUACUAAUAUUAUGGGAGAAAAUAUAACUUUCAUAUCACUCCUAAAUGCAUUACUUUGAUGUAAUGCUCAAGUAGUUUAACGUCCUUGCCUAUGUUAGAUGGAAGUAAACUUCAUUGUAAUCAAUAGGACUUCAGAGUAGUCUGUUCCAGCGGAAGGGAAGAGGUGUCGCAUAAGUUCUUGAGCCACAUACGCUAUUGCAAAACAAUGUCCAUUGCAAGGAUAUUCAAAAAAUUCAAUGGGAAUGAAGCAACACACACUUGCCCUAAAUGAGUUAUCUUCAUGCAUUAUAUUUGCAGACGAGAAUUGGCAGCCUCUAAAAAUAAACAUCUCAAGCUUGC